CGUUGACCAUUCUCAAGAGCGAUAAAAUCAAAGCCGAAGUCAAAAACUCACAGCGCCUCCAUCGCCGAAUGCUCAUUCGCACCAACGUUUCAGUGCGCCUGAAUUGAUUUUCGAAGAAGAAGAAGAAGAAGAAGAAGAAGAAGAAGAAGAGAAGCUGAGGAGAAGCCCUAUCGAGGAGAGGAGAAAUGGAGUUCGCGGAGCUAAGAGACGCGAUAGAGAAGGUACCGCUGGUGGACGGUCACGCACACAACAUCGUCGCGCUCGAUUCCUCGUUUCCGUUCGUCAGUGCCUUCACCGAAGCCGCCGGCGAGGCCUUGUCCUUGGCUCCUCACUCCCUUUCCUUCAAGAUCUCAUUCUAUCGACUGUUGAACUUUGCUUGGUUUCAGAGAAGUUUGAGAGAAAUUGCCGAGUUAUAUGGAUGUGAAAAUUCCUUAAAAGCAGUUGAAGAGCAUCGGAGGUCGUUAGGAUUGGAAUCCAUUGCAUCUGCUUGCUUCAAGGCAGCAGGAAUCUCUGUCGUACUCAUCGAUGACGGCUUGAAGCUGCACAAGAAGCACGAGAUUGAUUGGCACAAGAGUUAUUUUCCAUAUGUAGGCAGAAUAUUGAGAGUUGAACGAUUGGCAGAGGAAAUUCUGGAAAGUGAGAUUCCUAAUGGAUCAGCCUGGACGUUGGACACAUUCACUGAAGCCUUUGUGGGAAGUUUGAAAUCAUAUCCUUUUAGUUUCUCCUGUGGAUGUUCUUUUACCGCUACAGUUGCAAAGGAGAUACUUGGUUUGAAAAGCAUAGCUGCAUACCGUAGUGGUCUAGACAUCAACCCAAAAGUGACUAGCAAAGAUGCCGAGGAAGGUCUUGCUGAAGCAUUAUCUUCUGGGAAGCCUGUUCGCCUAGCGAAUAAAAAUAUCAUAGACUACAUUUUUGUUCGGAGCUUGGAGGUUGCUUUGUCAUUUGACUUACCCGUGCAGAUACAUACAGGUUUUGGGGACAAAGACUUGGAUUUACGUUUGGCCAAUCCCCUCCACCUAAGAGCAGUCCUAGAGGAUGAGAGAUUUUCCCAGAGUCGUCUGGUCAUUUUGCAUGCAUCAUACCCAUUUUCAAAAGAAGCCUCAUAUUUAGCCUCUGUUUAUCCACAGGUUUAUCUCGACUUUGGACUUGCAGUUCCUAAACUUAGCGUUCAUGGGAUGCAAUCUUCAGUCAAAGAGCUUCUGGAGCUAGCUCCAAUAAAGAAGGUUAUGUUCAGCACCGAUGGCUAUGCAUUUCCUGAAACUUACUAUUUAGGAGCGAAAAAAGCACGUGAAUGUGUUUUAUCUGUGCUACAAGAUGCAUGUCGGGAUGGUGAUCUAACAGUGGCUGAAGCAGUUGAAGCUGCUAGGGAUAUAUUUUCCCAAAAUGCUAUUCAACUUUACAAGAUCAAUUUCAAUUCAGAUGCUAUUCAAUCAAGGGAAGUUGUCCCUACCAACUCUUUGAAGUUAGGUGAUAAAGUGCCUGCAACAGGCGUGUCUUUUGUUCGUGUCAUUUGGGUUGAUGCAUCCGGGCAGCACAGAUGCCGCGUUGUCCCUGCAAAGCGCUUCAAUGACAUUGUGAAGAAUAAUGGCGUUGGCUUGACUUUUGCAUGUAUGGGAAUGGCUUCAUAUAUUGAUGCACCCGCAGAUGGCUCUAAUCUAACUGGCACGGGUGAGAUCAGAUUAAUGCCUGAACUCUCAACUAAAAGGAAGAUUCCAUGGCUGGAGAAAGAGGAAAUGGUUUUGGCUGACAUGCAUCUCAAGCCUGGUCAACCAUGGGAGUAUUGCCCAAGGGAGGCUUUAAGGAGGAUCUCAAAAGUUCUAAAACAUGAAUUUAAUUUGGUUGUGAAUGCAGGAUUCGAAAAUGAGUUUGUCGUCCUAAAGAGCGUCUCAAGAGAUGGGAAAGAAGAAUGGGUACCACUUGAAUCAACAGCUUACUGCUCCACCACAGGAUUCGAUGGUGCUUCCCCCAUAUUACAUGAUGUUGUUGCUGCUCUCGAUUCCCUAAACAUUCCAGUUGAACAGUUGCAUAAGGAAGCUGGAAAAGGACAACUAGAGAUAGCAUUGGCCCAUACAACUUGUUCAAAUGCUGCUGACAACUUGAUCUAUGCCCGUGAAGUCAUUAGGUCCGUCGCAAGAAAGCAUGGACUUAUGGCCACCUUUGUCCCAAAGUAUGCUCUAGAUGACAUUGGCUCCGGGUCGCACGUUCACCUCAGCUUAUCGCAGAAUGGAGAGAACGUAUUCAUGGGGACCAACGACGGUUCAUCUAAGCAUGGAAUGUCCAGAAUUGGGAGGUGUUUCAUGGCAGGAGUUCUGCAUCACCUUCCUUCAAUCUUAGCCUUCACUGCCCCUGUGCCAAACAGGCAUCUUCCUCUCCUCCCUCAACUUUUUUACGAUCGGAUACAGCCCAACACAUGGAGCGGAGCAUAUCAAUGCUGGGGGAAAGAAAACAGAGAAGCUCCAUUGCGUACUGCCUGUCCACCUGGCAUCUCGGAUGGCCUGGUCAGCAACUUCGAGAUCAAAUCUUUUGAUGGAUGCGCCAAUCCACACUUAGGCUUGGCCGCAAUCAUAGCAGCUGGCAUCGACGGCCUCAGGAGGCAUAUCGAAUUGCCAGAACCCGUUGAGACGAACCCUUUCCUCUUCGAAGGGAAGCUUAAGCGACUGCCACAAUCUCUCACCGAAUCUCUGGAAGCUCUCCAGAAGGACAAGGUGUUCGAUGAUCUGAUCGGGCAAAACCUUUUGGUUGCCAUUAAAGCAGUACGCAAGGCCGAGAUCGACCACUACUCCAAGAACAAGGACGCCUACAAGCAAAUGAUAUUCCGUUACUAGUCAUCAUAUCAGUAAAUCUUGUUUGACAGUCUGAAAAAAGAACCAUUUCCUGCCAAGAAAGGUAAUAGACUCGUCCUGUCAAAACUUCCCCAACAACAUGAUGACAUUUUGUUUAUGAAAGACAGACUGAUUUCACAUUCUGGCAUUCUGCUUCAUUCAUGAUUUGCAUUUCUAACACAGUUUAGGAAGGUAGGUACAGAUAGGGAUGGUAAGACUGUUCGGUUAGUUCAACUGACCAGCAAUGGUUCGGUUUCGGUUUGAGAAAACCUAACAUCGUUUGAAAUCAACCAUUAUCAUUUAGGGGGAGGUUUAACAGAACAUAAACAAUUAGGGAAGCUCUAGCUUUGGCUGGCUCAUCAAGUUUCUAUAGUGACUACUUCCAGCUUAUCUGCAUAAAUUGUCAGAGUGCCAUGUUUGGUUAGAAACGCGCUUCAUUUGUACCAUGUAGGAUGUGUCUGUUUUGAUUUUGUGUCAUGGUUUCUAUGUGAACAUGUCGAUAUAUAUGUCUAUUGAUGCCUCCUGAAAUGCGAGUAUCUUUUGACAAAAAAAGAUGUAUAUCUAGAAUAAUGUACUGUUAUAUAUUCUCGAAAUAGGAACAAAUCCGCGCAGAACUGCUUCAUACAUCACACAAAUAAUACACAAAUAAACCCGGAGACUAUAAGAGCAAAAACUCGAUAAUUGCAAGAAAAAGGCCGCAUGCACGCGGUAAUUAAUUAACACAAAUCAUUCUUCAUAAUCUCAAUCCUUCCCUGAGAGACCAGCCUCACAACCAGGCAUACGAUGAAGCAACAAGCACCAUGAAAAGAGUGACAGGCAGCUCCAUCCUCCCGACGGCAGUGCUCGCACCCGAGGUCCCAAUCGUCGUCGGAACAUCAGAACCACCGUCCGAACCUCCGUCGUCUGAGGGAGUGCUCGGGGCUGACCCGGCGGGUGUCCCGGGGCUACCGUUGGACGAAUCUGACGGUGGACUCCCUCCCGCCGCAGGCGAACCCGACGCGGCUGACGGGCGGGGUUUGGACUUUACAGGCGGAGGGGAGAUCGAGGGCGCGGGUUUGGUUGAUGGUGAUGCCUAGCGACGAGCCGCCGCCGUUGACAAGCUGGCACAGGCACUGCGGCUGCGACGAGACGACGCUGCCGAGCUGCGAGCAGCAGGAGCUGGACGGGGUCGAGGUGUUCCCGGAGACGUAGUUGAGGCAGGGAGAAAGGCUGAUCAGGGCGGUGGUGCAUCCCGAUUGCGCCGUAGCGCCGGUGUAGAGUAGUGCCGCAACGGCCAGAACCAGGCCGAAUCGGAGCCCGCUUGAAGCCAUUGUUGGACAAGGUUCGAGCUGUUUUCGUUGGCUGGUUUUGGUGUAGGAGAUUUUGAUGUGUUUGGAGGUGGGUGUGUUUCGUUUUUUGUUGGGUGUUUUGGAGGUGGAAGAGGGGCGUUUUAUAUAUGUGGGUGGUUUAGGGGACGACCAGAGAGGAGUCAAUUGAUUUGGUUGGUAAUUUGAUGGCCAACUUUUGUGGCUGUAAGGUUGUUAGUGGGAGUUCAACUACUUGGUGCUGGUGGUGGUACUAUUAUUUAUACAGUCGUGAUGUAUGAGGUGUGGUUAAUUUACAAUUUUACAGUUUGAUAUGUUGAUCCAUUGGAACAUAUUCCAAAUUAUAGUAGGAAUG